CAGCAGCGAAUUGUGCACGCAGAAGAAAGCGGUACGAGCUCGCAAUUAGCCACCUAGCAGGCUUCACGCCGCCGCCGCAGACUGACCUCCGCUCCCAAGAUGUCUGGUGUUCGAGCCCUUGGCGUCCUCUCCAAGUUCACAUUAAGAAGAUAUGCUGCAACACUCGGAACUGCUCAUCGCACCUUCUCCGUAGCCUCCACCAUGCUUGCCAGAACACAUGUGAACUAUGAAGUCAAAGGAGACGUGGCUGUUAUUCGAAUGAAUGCGCCUGAUUCCAAGGUGAACACACUGUCGAUCCAGAUGCAAAGGGAGAUGACAGAAGUGAUGGAGGAGGUUUGGGGCAACAGUGCUGUCCAGAGUGCUGUCCUCAUCUCCUCCAAGCCUGGAUGUUUCAUUGCAGGGGCUGACAUCAACAUGAUUCAAGCCUGCACUAGCACAGAGGAGGUCACCAAACUGUCUCAGGAAGGGCAGAAGAUGUUUGAGAAGAUUGAAAAAUCUCCAAAGCCCAUUGUCGCGGCCAUCAACGGCUCCUGCCUCGGAGGCGGCCUGGAGUUCGCCAUCGCAUGCCAGUACAGAGUAGCAACCAAAAGCAAGAAGACUGUACUCGGCACUCCAGAAGUCAUGCUCGGUCUCUUGCCUGGAGCUGGCGGAACACAGCGACUCCCCAAAAUGGUCGGGCUUCCUAAUGCCUUUGACAUGAUGCUGACUGGACGAAACAUCAGAGCCGACAAAGCCAAGAAAAUGGGCCUCAUUGACCAGCUGGUCGACCCUCUUGGGCCGGGGCUGAAGAGUCCAGAGGAACGAACGAUCGAUUACCUGGAGGAAGUGGCCGUCCAGUGUGCCAGAGGAAUCGCCAGCAAGAAGAUCCAACUUGCCAAACCCAAAGGAACCAUGCAGAAAAUACAAGAUUAUAUCAUGGGAUUUGAGUUGGUGCGGAAUCAAAUCUACAAAACUGUCAAAGGGAAAGUGAUGAAGCAGAGCAAAGGGCUUUAUCCAGCCCCCCUGAAGAUCAUCGAUUGUGUGAAGGCCGGAGUGGAGCAGGGGUCUGCUGCUGGAUACUUGGCGGAGUCCCAAAAUUUUGGCCAGCUGGCAAAGACCUCAGAAUCCGCUGCUCUCAUCGGACUCUAUCAUGGUCAAGUGGCAUGCAAGAAGAACCGCUUCGGAACUCCUCAAAAAGACGUGAAGACUCUGGCCAUCUUGGGAGCAGGGCUGAUGGGAGCCGGCAUUGCUCAGGUAACGGUGGACAAAGGUGUACGCACCAUCCUGAAGGACACCACGGUGUCUGGGCUGGCUCGAGGAGAGCAGCAGGUUUACAAAGGACUCAACGACAAGACCAAGAAGAAGAGCAUCACGUCUUUCCAGAGGGACUCCAUUCUCUCCAAUCUGACCGGUCAGCUGGAUUACAGCGGCUUCGACAAGGCAGACAUGGUCAUUGAAGCCGUGUUUGAAGACAUCAACAUCAAGCACGCCGUCCUGAAGGAAGUGGAGGCUGUGGUGCCGCCGCAUUGCAUAUUUGCCAGCAACACCUCAGCUCUGCCCAUCAAGAAAAUCGCCGCUGCGAGCAAACGACCUGACAAGGUGAUCGGAAUGCACUACUUCUCCCCUGUGGACAAGAUGCAGCUGCUGGAGAUCAUCACGACCGAGCAGACGUCCAAAGACACCACGGCCUCAGCUGUGGCAGUCGGCCUGAAGCAAGGCAAAGUCAUCAUCGUUGUUGGAGAUGGACCUGGGUUCUACACCACCAGAUGUCUGGCGCCCAUGUUAGCCGAGGCCGUUCGAGUCUUUCAGGAAGGUGCCGACCCCAAGAAGUUGGACUCCCUCACCACGAGUUUCGGAUUCCCCGUGGGAGCCGCCACGUUGAUCGACGAGGUCGGCAUCGACGUCGCCGCCCACGUGGCCGAAGAUCUCGGCAAAGCUUUUGGCUCCAGGUUCGGCGGCGGAAACGUCGAAGUCCUCAAGACCAUGGUGGACAUGGGGAUUAAAGGUCGCAAGUCUGGAAAGGGCUGCUACAUCUACCAGCCAGGGCUCAAGUCCAAGGAAGUCAACUCCGAAAUCGGAGACAUCCUGGAGAAGUACAAGAUGGCGCCGAAUCCUUCUGUUUCCUCGGACUCCGACGUGCAGUACAGACUCAUCUCACGAUUUGUCAAUGAGGCGGUGUUGUGCCUGCAGGAGGGGAUCCUAGCCAAUCCGUUGGAAGGAGACAUCGGAGCAGUGUUCGGCCUGGGCUUCCCACCGUGCCUUGGAGGUCCAUUCCGGUUUGUGGACACGUUUGGCGCCGACAACUUGGUAGCGAAGAUGAGGCGGUUUGAAGCCGUGUAUGGAAAUCACUUCACACCAUGCCAACUUCUCCUGGACCACGCCAGCGAUCCAAGCAAGAAGUUCCACAAGUGACCCACUGACCGCCUGUGCCAGUAGAACUCCAGUCUUGGGCUAGAAUGUGCCUGGUGUGUCGCAGCGAAGAGAUUAGAAACGUCCGCAGAAAGCGCUGCUUUUUUUUGUACUUUACCAAGGAAGCUCACUAAUGUGCUUGUGUAGCUGGAAGACGGAGGGUUCUAAUGUUAAAUAUUCACACAUUAAGAAUGUUGAGACGAUUGUGCGGCAAAAAUUAAAGAUGUUUGUUGUCCGAAUCUGCUUUCUUUGGACCCGUCAACACUUGGGGUGUGUGCAAACCCUGGUACCAGAUCCAGUUUGGAAGUUGUGAAUAAAUCAGUCAU